AAAUAAAAAUUGAUGUACAUAUGGAUGUUGAACUGUGAAUCGAUAAAAUAUUCUCAAGUUACUCUGAAUAAGUCACUGAUUUGACAAGCAUUUCUGUUUCAGAACACCAUCGUCAGCAGUCAACUAAACAUUUCUUUACAGGAAUGAUAAUGUAAUCUGAAUUAUGAAUAACUCUCAGACAGAAAUAUUCUAUUUCUGUUUUAUUUCAUUUUCAUUAACAUCUUUGUAUCAUCUUAUUCACGUAGAUAUUAUUGAUUCGGUGAAUGGAUAUAUUAGAAAAUACAAUGAAAUAGACCUUAAGAAACUUAGAAGAUGGACAACUUGCGUCAAGAAAAGAGAUCAGAAUAUGAAAGAAAAGAUAAAAAUUUACACACAGAAGGUUUGUAAAGAUCUAGCACCGAAGAAUGUUCCAGGUAUAAAUGAAGCGUUUCUGGACACAAUAUACGCAAAAGAAGAUUCAAUUUUUAACUAUAAUUCAAUGUUGGUUGAAUAUCAACUACUUUUCGAAAUAGUUGAAGAAAUGAAGAAAGAGAAGUAAUCAGGAAGUUGUAUCAACAAACCUAUGCACAAAUUACUCAACACUACUGUAUCAAAUUUUCAAAGAUAGGCAUUCGUAAACAAUAUCAUUGUUUUUCAUUUUAUUGCUUCAUACAUUUGAACAACAUUUUUUAUCUUGAUGAAUGGAUACAAAGUUCAUAUCGUGGACAAUGCGCUCACACAUAUACUUUUGUUGCCAUUUUAUUCAUCAUAAGUUAUUCAUGAUCUGUAACAUUUUUCUAUACUACAUUAUUUCGGAUUGCAUGAUUUUUUGUUUGAUUUCAGGUAAUACUCAAAUUAAAUGGGAUAAAACUUCAGCAAUACUGAUAAACAAAUACUUUUCUUUUCAUUAUAUUUUUGUUAUAUUUUGUGUUUGCUAUUUUUGCGAUAUUUAACAUUAAUUAAUGUCUUAAAAUAAAAAUAAACUAAUUGUUCAUUAUAAAC